AUGACAACUCUAACCUUCAACGAUCGUGUCAAUACCGCAGUGUCCAUCGUGACCGAGCAAUACCCGGAUGCGAAAUUGUAUGAAUCCGAUGCUAAGGCUACAGGUGGACCUACGACAGAUCCCGACAAAAUUAACGAAAUGACCGUGAAAUUUCAGAAUGUAAACAAUUCCACAGUCAUUAUCAAGGAAAUCAGCCCCGGCAAAUUCGGCAAGCCAGAACUAGUUGAUGCGCCAUUGUUAGAGGACGUAGUAAUCCAGUGGCCGAUGGAUUUGUCCCGUGCCAAUCAGCUUAAAGAAGCAGCUGGAUUCAAAGAACCCUAUACGACCGUCAAUUUACGUAAUCCUCUGGGGCCACAAAAAGGAAAUCCGCUUUUGAUCUUUGGCAACGGUUCGUCACAAUUUGUUUUUGUUGACACUGUGACCGGUAAAGUAACUACCGGUAAUUGA